UUGAUGGUCUGGAAAAUUGCAUUAAAACCUGCAGGGUGUACCUCUGGGCCUAUAAAUGAGACUAAAAUGGUGGAAGAGAAGAAAAGACAAGAGGAUGAAAGCCAUCAACAAUGCUCUACCCUGGGGAAAUAAGCACAGGCCAUUCUGAAUUGGUGAAACACUAAGACCCAGCUCUAGCACUCCACUGGUGUGAAAACUUCUCCAUUGGAGACUUUACCUUAAAUGUAUAAGCUAUGGUCAGAGGGUUUAAUAAGGGGCUGACAUAUCAGUGCAGAAAGCCCCAACUCAUGUGAAAUAAUUCUCUGGACCAGAGACUGGACAUUUUUGUCCCUUGGCUAAAGGGAAAGGGUUUAUUACCCUGCUUAAAUACUGUGAGGCUCCAUCCAGCCUAGUUCAAACUCAAGUGGUACCCCAAGCUUCUACCAACUGGUAUUGCUCAUGGCUUCCAGGAGGGCAUCAGGAGCUAGUAAUGGAGGCAUGGUGAAGAGUGCCUUCUUCUGGUCUUUGGCCAUAAUCUAUCUGACUCACAUAAGUGGAGUGAGGGGGGAUUGCUGGCUCAUAGAAGGUGAAAAGGGCUUUGUAUGGCUGGCCAUUUGCAGCCAAAACCAGCCACCAUAUGAGGCCAUCCCUCAGCAUAUCAACAGCACCAUAGUGGACCUUCGAUUGAAUGAGAACAAGAUCAAGAGCAUCCACUACUCUGCCCUUAGCCGCUUUACCAACCUCACAUACCUGAAUCUAACCAAGAAUGAGAUUAAUUACAUUGAGGAUGGGGCUUUUUCAGCCCAGUUCAACUUGCAGGUUCUCCAGUUGGGUUUCAAUAAGUUGCGUAACUUAACCGAAGGGAUUCUCAGGGGUUUGGGAAAGCUGCAGUACCUCUACCUCCAGGCAAACCUGAUUGAGACUGUGACACCCAAUGCCUUCUGGGAGUGCCCAAACAUAGAAAACAUUGACCUUUCCAUGAACCGCAUCCAGGUGUUGGAUGGGUCCACCUUUACCAGCCUGACAAAGCUGACCACCUGUGAACUCUACACCAACCCUUUCAACUGCUCCUGUGAUCUCUUGGGGUUUGUAAAGUGGCUCUCGGUCUUUCCCAACAGGACAAGUGAACGGAUGGUGUGUGAUUCUCCUGCAGGAUUCUCGGGCUACAGUCUCCUAAGCCAGAAUCCAAACAAUCCCACUUACCGGAAUGCUCUGCAUAUGCUGUCCACUGUGUGCACGGAGGACUACGUGACUACGUACAUCCCUGUGCCUACCGAGACCACCACUUACACUCCAGACUCUACACCGUGUGGGCUGGAAGACUGUCCCUCGGGGACUGAGCCAGAGGAAAUCAGCAUCAGUCCCACGUACAUAGACUUAGAUGUGAAACCAAUCAUGAAACUCAAGCAAGUGUCUCACACAAAUGCAGUAAUCACUGUUCAGAUCCCUUACCCCUACAAGAAGAUGUACAUCCUUGUCCUGUACAAUAACAGCUUCUUCACUGAUAUACAGAAUCUGAAGCGGCAGAAGGAGGACAUUGAACUGAAAAACUUGAAACCCCACACCGAUUACACCUACUGUGUGGCUUCCAUAAGAAACUCGUUACGUUUCAAUCAUACUUGUCUGACACUAUCCACUGGGCCUAGGAAUGGAAAAGAGCGAGUAGUUAGUAAUGCAACAGCCACUCACUACAUAAUGACUAUCUUGGGAUGUCUUUUCAGUAUGGUUAUUGUUUUAGGGAUAGUGUACUAUUGUUUGCGAAAAAAGAGACAACAAGAUGAAAAGCACAAAAAGGCAGGAAGCUUAAAGAAGAACAUAAUUGAGCUAAAAUACGGCGGUGAGCUAGAGGGCGGGACGAUAUCCAGGAUGUCUCAAAAGCAAAUGAUGGCUGGGGAGAGCAUGACCCGCAUGCCGUAUCUACCUUCCGGCAGUGAAAUGGAGCAAUACAAACUGCAAGACAUCAGCGACACUCCGAAAAUGGCCAAAGGAAAUUACAUGGAAGUGAGAACAGGGGAGCACCCAGAUCGAAGGGAAUGUGAGAUGUCUAUGCCUGGCAACAGCCAAGGCUCAGUUGCUGAGAUCUCGACAAUCGCAAAGGAGGUAGACAAGGUCAACCAGAUUAUUAACAAUUGCAUAGAUGCUCUUAAAUCAGAGUCCACCUCCUUCCAAGGUGGGAAAUCUGGUGCUGUGUCAACAGCUGAACCCCAAUUGGUACUGAUCUCAGAGCAGCCUCAGAGCAAGUCUGGCUUCCUGUCACCUGUCUACAAGGACAGCUACCACCACUCUUUACAAAGACAUCACGCAUCAGAUGCUUCUCCGAAGUGUCCGAGUACAGCCACUGGUGGUCCAAUGCGGAGUCCAAGGCCUUACCGCUCAGAGGGGCCCUACAAGUCAGAGUCGAAGUACAUAGAGAAGACUUCACCCACAGGGGAGACUAUUCUGACCAUCACACCCGCAGCUGCGAUACUAAGGGCAGAGGCGGAGAAGAUCCGUCAGUAUAGUGAGCAUCGGCACUCCUACCCCGACGCCCACCAAAUUGAAGAGUUGGAAGAACCGGAUAGUCGGAAAACCUCAAUGUUGGAGCCCCUGACACGGCCUCGUGCCCUUCUUUUUUUCAACCGCCUUAAACUUCUGGAAAUAUCUCUAUAA